AGGGGCUAAUAAUCGACUAUCUGCUACGCCCACUUUCGAUAUAUAAAAAAAUUGUUUCAGUCUUUAAUUGCUUUGAAUCUCGAACCAUUUCAAACUCUUCGUGGGACGAGAGAACCUCUUGACUGUCAUAUUACCGAUAAUUUAAAAAUGAAUUAAUCGUGAGAAAAAAUAUUUUUAAAAAAAUAUGAAGUGUAUUAAAUGUUUGCAAAUCGUGUUUUUUCUUUCAUUGAAUAAACUCAUCUUUGCUAUUGAAAAACAGUGGAUAGUAGAUUUCGAGUGGCAAAACGAAAAAAAUUGGGAUCAUAUACCUAAAAUCGAUGGACACGUUAUUUUCCCACUUGAAACGAGACAUGCCGUCGGUCUUUCUAAAUCCGUGGACUUAAAAUUAUCUAAAAUUGACUUACCAAGAGAAGGUUCCUUAGUGUUAUUCAGAAAUGGUAAAUUAGAGUUUAGCGAAUCGAAAAAUUCGGAAACAAAGAUAUCGAGAUGGUUGAAGGAGGGUAAAUUUUUCUGGGUUGAUCCUGAUAAUUGGAAUGGUGUUUCCGAAGCAGCACCUCAUAUGGAACGAAUACCUUGUCGUCAAGACGAUGUAGUUCUGCCAGGAACAGAUCAAACGUUUAAUAUAUAUCUACCAGCUAAAGAUGUCCAAGUAGAAUCCAUUAGAUUAUCGAAUCACAAAUAUCCUAGUACAUGGUGGGAUUGGGAGGAGAUGCAAAAGAAGAAAGAAUUUUUAGGUGGUUUCCUUAGCGUCAAGUAUAGUCAAUAUGGCUGUGAAAAAUGUCUUUGUCAAGACGGUUCACAAUACGAUUAUCUCAAAGAGAUAUGUGCUAUUCAAAAGCCUAAAUGUAGCUUUGCAGCUUGUGAAUAUCCACUAAAGAUCGAAGGACAUUGCUGUCUUUACUGCGGUGGCCGAGUAACUAUACCAAAAGGAGCUUCGUUAGCCAUGAUUCGUUCUUUGGUUGACGAAGUUCUGGAACAACGCGCAACAAGACUUGCAUGGUACGUUAGGCGAACAUGGACAAAUAAUAUAGAAGUUCUUCUCAAAGAGAAGACUGAAUAUACCGGUGUUGAUACUUUAGUAGCACUAAAGGAUCUACAAACAAAACUUCAUGAUGAAAAUAUUGAAAUAUUGUAUACGGAAAAUCCGGGUGCGCCAUUAAAAGAUUCCCGAUUGGCCACGAUGCUUGGACCAUUUUUCGGAGCACCGAUAAUCAUUCUUGUCCUUCUAAUCGCAAGUUUUUGGUAUUUCGAUUAUUCAAUGAGAUAUGUUCUGUCUGAAAUAUCGCAAGCAUGGUCGCCCGUAAAAAAAAAAUCGAAUAAGCCGUUUGGUUUCGCACGUUUUGAGAAUGUCCUUGAGGGUAAUGUGAGAAUCGAUGAUCCUCAAACAAAAAGAGAUGAACAUGAGAUGAACGAGGAACUCAUUAUGGAGGAGGAGGUACUGGAUGAAGAAGGCACUUCUGGUGGUGGAAACUUUGAAAAUCCUCUUUAUAGAUCAAAAAGAGACAAGAACUUUAAGAUAGAAGAACGAGAACUCAUCAACGUCGAUCUUCCACUAAGUCUGACAAGUCUGAAAAAGAGAGCAAAGGAUAAUACGGAGGAUGAUGAUGACGAUAUCGAGAUGGAUAUUGAACAAUAAACUUUUAUCGUUCUUAUUCCUCAAUUAAA